GAAAAUAGAGUCAAGUGUGGUUCUCGUCGUUUCGCUGCGUUCGAUGGUUUCCGGGGUUUGAGGUACCGCUACGCCGGAAAAGAUCAAGAAACGGAGAGGAAUUUACUUUUCCUCCUGGCCUUGCCGUAGAAAUGUCUGCGAUUAGGAGCAUAAUCAGCCGGUCGCGCUCGCACCGCGUAGUCCAGGACGCCACGCCGGCGGCGGCGGCUGCGGCGCCGAACCACGGGAUGGACUCGUCGUGCUGGGCGAACAUGCCGCAGGAGCUGCUGAGAGAAGUGCUGCUGCGGAUCGAGGCGUCGGAGACCAGCUGGCCGCCGCGGAAGAGCGUCGUCGCUUGCGCCGGCGUUUGCCGCAGCUGGAGGCACAUCACCAAGGACAUCGUCCGCGUUCCCGAGCUCUCCGGCAAGCUCACCUUCCCUCUCUCCCUCAAGCAGCCUGGACCAAGGGAUAUUCUCCUUCAGUGCUUUAUAAAGAGAUGCCGGACCACUCAGACGUAUUAUCUUUACCUCAGUUUGACUAGUGGUGAGAAAUUGUUGCGUUUUACAGCACUAGCCGAUGACGGGAAGUUCCUACUUGCUGCACGCAAGAGUAGGCGAGCCACCUGCACGGAUUACAUCAUCUCUCUUGAUGCCGAUGAUAUGUCAAAGGCUAGCAGCACAUAUGUUGGCAAACUCAGAUCAAAUUUUCUGGGGACCAGAUUCACAGUCUUGGACGGCCUUCCACCGCAUGCUGGGGCCAAGCUGGUGAGAAGUCGUUCCACUAGGCCAAUAAGUCUGAAACAAGUUUCCCCGAGAGUCCCUGCUGGCAACUAUCCAGUGGCUCACAUCUCAUAUGAAUUGAACAUGUUGGGUUCUAGAGGUCCGCGAAGAAUGCACUGUGUUAUGGAUGGGAUACCUGCUUCUUCCGUCGAACCAGGCGGCAUAGCUCCAACACAGACUGAAUUUGGUAUUCGCAAGCUUGAUGCUUCCACAUCUUUCUCAUUUCUCCGGUCCAAAUCAAAUCUCACAGGAGAUUCGGGGCCCACGCCUGGUCCGAGGAAAGCGGGUUUAGUACUGAAGAACAAGUCACCAAGGUGGCACGAACAUCUACAAUGUUGGUGCUUGAACUUCCAUGGGCGAGUGACAGUCGCAUCAGUGAAAAACUUCCAGCUCGUUGCUGCCCCCGAAAAUGGAGUGGCUGGACCCGAACACGAGCAGAUCAUUCUGCAGUUUGGGAAAGUGGGAAAAGAUUUGUUCACCAUGGAUUACCGGUAUCCCAUAUCCGCGUUCCAAGCUUUUGCGAUUUGUCUCAGUAGCUUCGACACCAAGAUAGCUUGCGAAUGAAAAGACGCCUACAUGGCUGACUGAUUGAGUUGGGUGGUGAAAGGUUUGAUCACCUGGUGCAAGUCGACCAAGCAAGUUGUCGCCAGUGGGAACAAACAUUGUAGCGGGGCGCGGAAAUGGCGCUGCCUCCGCUAGGUUGCGGAGAUUUGCCCGCAUCUUGACCUCAACUCAUAUGAGGUGAAACUCGAGAGUUGAUGAUGGUUAAUUAGAUUUAUUGGAACUGUAAUAAAAUAGGCGUUGUUAUGUAUAGUUUGCUGGUCUGUCUGUGUACAUGAGAGUUUUCCGACGUUUCGGUACUUUAUUUUAGCAUUCGUGUAAGCUGUUGCUCUUUUCCAUUCUGUAAUUUCUCCGAGGUAACUGCAAUACAGAGGAGAAUAACUCUUGGAUACUUGGUGUCACAAGCAAAACUCUUCCAUGCAGUCUUACUAAA